AUGGAGCCUGUAGUUGCGAAAAUAUGUGCUUUCUGUCAAGAUUUGGUCCUGCUCAAGGAAGAACCAUCAAAAAGCCGAGCUCAUUAUCCCACUUUAGCACUGCUUGAACAAUCUAGUCAAAGCUGUUGCAUGUGCAGAAUGCUAGUAAACGCUGACAUUUUUGAGGACGCCCGAAAGCAUUCCCCAAUUUAUGACGUGGAGCACGAAGCCAUAUAUUUUCAGGUAGAAGUAGAGGAGAUCCAUGCGAACUCCGAACUAUGCUGGGCGAUAUUGGAAACUCGUUUGAGAGUAAGAGAAUAUGCGGUUCCGGGCACUUUCUCUAGCACCACCUGCUGCAUAAAUUCUAUCAACGCAAACCGUCCAAUUUGGAAAACCGCUACCAUAUCGUUUCCAGACAAGAUUUCUGUCUUGAAGGAUUGGCUUCAUAACUGUGAACCGAAACAUGAAAAAUGUAAACCACCCGUACAUCAGAUGCCAAAGAGGUUGAUUGAUGUCGGACGGCUCGGAGGAGCUCACCCUAGGAUCGUCAUGUCCCAGGAUUUGAAGAAGCAGUCUACAUCGCCCAUCAAGUAUACUACACUGAGCUACUGCUGGGGACGCGCAAAUUUCUGUACCACCAAAGAAAACGAGACGUUGCACAAACAAGAACUUGACUACGAAUAUCUCCCUCAGACUUUAAAGGAUGCAAUAACAGUGACCCGCCAACUGAGCAUUCCCUAUAUAUGGAUCGACGCUUUAUGCAUAGUGCAGGAUGACCCUGCGGAAUGA